AUGACGGCAAAGUAUUAUCUGAAGAACAAUAUUCUAGGACAGCCAAUGAAAGCGCUCAUCAUACCUGAAGAGUGCUAUCCAAGAGAAACAGAAUGGCAUUGCUAUUGCAGGAGACCUAACGGCCCAGAAUCUAGAAAUCUCUGGACACGAGUCGGUGAAGAUACUAUUGUGUUUGAUCCACGGGGAAACGGUGUUGGUAUCAAAUGUACUUAUGCUCUCACUGAGCAGAAGGAAGAACCUGAUGUCAUUUCUUUGCCUGGCGAAAUAGAACCUCCAAGAGAAGAAUGGUUCAUCGAAGAGAUUAGUCUACCACCGUCUGUUGCUGAUACUGACUUGAUUUUCUGCCAUCUUAUUCUUAACAAAAUUGAGAAAGAAGAAGCAUAUGUAGUGAACGACUGA